CUUUUCAUCAAAACCCAUGGUUGCCAGAUGAAUGAGUAUGACUCUGCCAAGAUGGCAGACGUACUCAAGGCGUCCCACAACCUGACUUUGACAGACAACGAAUCUGAGGCUGACGUUAUAUUGAUCAAUACCUGUUCAAUCAGGGAGAAAGCCCAAGAGAAAGUGUUUUCUCAGUUGGGCCGCUGGCGAAAACACAAAAAUCGGGAUAAGAACGUCGUGAUUGGCGUGGGUGGAUGUGUUGGAAGCCAGGAAGGCGCUGCAUUACUGAAACGUGCGCCCUUUGUUGACCUGGUGUUUGGACCACAAACGCUGCAUCGUCUGCCAAAAAUGGUGAAUCAGGUUCGCAAAACCGGAAAACCUGCCGUUGACGUUUCAUUCCCGGAAAUUGAGAAAUUUGACCACCUUCCCGAACCCCGAAAGCUGGGUCCCAGCGCGUUUGUCUCGGUCAUGGAAGGCUGUAGCAAAUAUUGUUCGUUUUGCGUGGUGCCCUACACACGCGGCGAGGAAAUCAGUCGACCCUUUGACGACGUCGUCGCAGAGGCCGCCUCGCUGGCUGAUCAAGGGGUCAGAGAAAUUAACUUUCUUGGUCAGAAUGUGAACGCCUAUCGAGGACCAAUGCAUGACGGUGGAGAGGCUGAUCUAGCACUGCUUAUUCGCCUGGUGGCGCAAAUUGAUGGCGUCGAGCGAAUCCGAUUCACCACCUCGCAUCCGGUUGAGUUUACCGACCGAUUAAUCGAGGCCUACGCUGAGGUUCCGGAGCUAGCGUCUUACUUGCAUUUGCCGGUACAGAGCGGCUCAGACCGAAUUCUCUCAGCCAUGAAAAGAGGUCACACCGCAAUUGAAUAUAGGCAGAAAAUUCGCCGCCUUCGCGCUGCACGACCCGACAUUUGUUUGUCUUCGGACUUCAUUGUGGGUUUUCCCGGUGAGAGUGAACAGGACUUCAACCACACACUGGAUUUGAUCAGAGCCAUGAAUUUCGACCAAUCGUUCAGUUUCAUCUACAGCCCACGGCCGGGAACUCCGGCCUCAGCUUUGACAGAUGAUACGAGCACCGAGGAUAAAAAGCGUCGGUUAGCCGAACUGCAGCAGUUGAUUAAUCAGCAGGCAGCGGCGAUAUCCAGCGCUAUGGUGGGCUCCUCUCAGAAAAUACUGGUAGAGGGGCCGUCAAAAAAGACUCAUGAGCUUGCCGGACGAACAGAAAACAAUCGUGUGGUGAAUUUCCAAGGCCCACAGAGCCUGAUCGGUCAGAUUGUGACGCAAAUUACUGAGGCUAUGGCAAACUCUCUGAGGGGCCGCGUAAAAGCUCAUUGCCAUGCAGCUUGA